UGUUCCUGUUCUGUGAAACAGAAAGUUAAGCAGGGUUGUAUUUUAAACCAAAGCAUAUCAGGACUGCAAGCUCAGAAGACGGCAGAAAGGAUUCCACACCAAUACUGAACUGUAGCCUAAUAACAGGUCGACCAUGUUAGAAAGUCAUCUUAUGGGCUCUUUAGUCCUCCUUCUUUUAAUCCUUCGUACUGAAUCAACUAAUGGAAUUCUCAAUUCAAUCAACGACCUGAAGAAAAUCCCAUUCGGCCAAUCGGUGCCCCAGCACAGCCUUGUGCUGCUCCACUGGUUUGCUAACACCAUAGAAAUAGACAACAACGACGCAAUAGAGCUGACCUUUGAACCAAACAAUGGAGACUAUGGCACUCAUCACUAUGGAAACUAUGAGAGAGUCCUGGAUCGAGUGCCCUCCGGCAACCAGUACUACACCCUCGGCAACAUCAACCCCAUGAUCAACAAUAACAGAAACUCUUUGCCCUCUUAUGUCGUGGGUGACCUAAACCAUCUGUUGGGGAGGGAGGAACUGAACAGGGCCCGCAUCAUAUUCUCGCAUCAUAUUCUCGCACACACCACUCACCAGGUGUUCAUCACACAGCACUACGAGGUCAAUCAGAACCGGGGGUCUGGGUACGACCCAGGUCACACCUACCAGAUCACCAUCGACCUCUUGAGGGAGCUCAGAGUCCUAUCCUCGGACAGAAGAGAACAGUCCGAGCUGUCAGAGAUCGGAGGCAACUUCGGUAGCGCCAUCGACAGCAACGAACUUUCGUCUAUAAGAAACAAGUUUGGCCAGCUGGCGUGUGUCGGACUGCUGUUGUUCAUCGUGAUCAACGAGAGGAAUUUGCCUUGCAGACCCAACAGAGCUCGAGAACCGAAGCGUCCUCCAAAACGUAACGUUGGAGAACCAAAGCUUCCUCCCAAACAAAACGUUGGAGAACCGAAGCUUCCUCCCAAACAAAACGUUGCAGAACCGAAGCUUCCUCCCAAAGUAAACGUUGGAGAACCGAAGCUUCCUCCCAAACAAAACGUUGGAGAAGAGCAGCUUCCUCUGAAUCCUAACGUUCGAGUACUGGAGAGUCCUCCAAAACGUAACGUUCAAGCCUGCGCCACUCCGCACAUAUCUGUGAAUAUUCCAGAAAACGACUUCAACCUCAGGCGACCUAAUCAGGACUGGGACGAUGAUCAAUGUUGCUGCAAAUGUUGGUGUGCGUUCAAGAUAUGCGUAGUAAUAGCUGGAUUAAUAAUAGCGAUAAUCACAACUCUAAUAAUAAUAAUAAUAUACUAGUCCCUAACUUAAUUUAUAGGGCACCUUUCGAAAGCAGAUUACAAAGUGCUUGACAGAA